UCAUAUUGUCAAAUCUUGCGCCAAAAGGCAAAAGCCGGCAGUUUGUUCGAAACAAAUUUUUCCUUGUUAAAUAUUUAAUUCUAUAUUAUUGUAACAGGAAAACCUAUCUUCGUUAUGGCCAAACGCAACAGUACAGGACAAGUUAAUACGCUAUUCAGUUACUUCACUAAAACACCACCUAGUAAUAAAAAGCAGAAACCCAACGGAGAACAGACGAAAUUAAUAUCUUCGGAGAUAGGCGAACAAGAAUGUAAAACUGAAACUAAGAAACGAGAACGGCAAACAACACCUUCACCAGAUGUAAAUAAAGAAACAUAUAAUGAUGAAUCAGAUGGUUCACCUGUUGCUCCCAAAAAAAAGAAGAGAAUUCGCCUCAACCCUUUGGACUCAGAUGAUUCUGAUGCUGAGAAUAAAGUAGACAAUAAAAACCCCUCACCAAAAGAGAAAACAUCAUUUGAGAAGAAAUUACAAGAUAGUUUCAAAUAUGAACCAGGCCAAUCUCCAAAAGCCAGUAAGAGUAAAAAAACAGAAAAUGAUAAUGUAGCUCCAGCUAAGUCAGAGCCUCAAGAAGCAUCAACUGCUGAAGAUGGUGAUUGGACACAUUGUAAGUUGGAUUGGCUAAAACCGCAUAAAAUAAGAGAUGCACAGAGAAGACGCCCAGACGAUCCAGAUUAUGAUCCAACCACACUAUAUGUUCCUAAGGAAUUUAUGAAAAGUCAAACACCAGCACAUAGACAGUGGUGGGAGUUGAAAUCAGCCCACUAUGAUUGUGUUCUUUUCUUCAAAGUUGGUAAAUUCUAUGAGUUGUAUCACAUGGAUGCUGCUGUUGGUGUUAAUGAGCUUGGAUUUUCUUAUAUGAAGGGUGAGUUCGCUCACUCGGGCUUUCCGGAGAGUGCGUAUGCGCGGAUGGCAUCAACUCUAGUAUCAAAGGGAUAUAAAGUAGCGCGUGUUGAACAAACAGAGACUCCUGAAAUGAUGCAGGAUAGAUGUAAGAGAGAAAAUUUAAAGAACAAGUACGACAAAGUGGUGCGUCGUGAAAUAUGCCAAGUAUCGGUCCGUGGGGCACAAGUGUGCGGCUUGCAGGAUAAUGGGCCGGCUGAGUCCACUUCACCAUAUUUGAUGGCUAUUGCUGAAGAGGAAACGAAUGGCUGCAGCACAUACGGUGUCUGUUUUGUGGACACAUCAAUAGGACAGUUCCACAUGGGACAGUUCAAAGACGACAAGCAUUCGUCGAGAUUGCUAACUACGCUUGCACACUUUCCUCCGGCUUUGAUAGUCUACGAUCGAAAAUCAUCUACCGGGCGUACGAGCAAGUUGAUAUCUACACACUGCCAUAGCGCGAGGCGUGAGCCGCACAACAUGGCGCCACCGGAGAAAAUUCUCAAAAUAUUAGCCGAAGAACAUUAUAAAACUAAUGACCAAGGAGAGUGGCCGGAGGGUUUAAAACCGUUUUUGUAUGAAGGGGAUGUUUUAGGCCUGACCCCGGCCAGUGAUAAGUCAUUGGCCAUCAAAGCACUUGGUGGCUGUGUUUCCUUUCUCUCAGAUUGCCUGCUAGAUAUACAAAUUCUGGGUAUGGCCCAGUAUUCGGAAUAUACGCCACCAGAUGUUUUAAACACCACUAUAAUAUGUGAAAGAGAAAAUAAUAAAUGGACAGGCGGCAGUACUAUGGUGUUAGAUGCUAUUACGCUCAGAAAUCUGAGAAUCGUCCAGGAUGAGGGCUGUUUGUAUGAUAAAAUGAAUUUCUGCUCCACACCCAUGGGGAAACGAUUGUUAUAUCAAUGGGUAUGUUCGCCAAGUAGCGAUUUAACAGUGAUCAAGGAGCGCCAAGAGGCCGUUAAAUGUUUGAUGGAAAACCAAGAUGUCUGUCAGGAGGUUAAGAGCAUAUUAACCACUUUACCGGACUUGGAGAGAUUGUUGGCUAAAGUUCACGCAUUAGGCAAUUUGAAAAAAUCAAAGCAGCACCCUGAUUCCCGCGCAAUUCUCUAUGAAGAAAAGACAUAUUCUAAACGGAAAGUUCUAGAUUUCAUAUCAAUAUUAAAUGGCUUUACUGCGGCUCUCAAGUUAUCCGCAUUGCUGGCUGAUAUAGAAUCUGUGUUGUUGAAGAGAAUCUCCCAAUUCAGUCCUGAUGGAAAGUUUCCGGAUUAUCGGGAUACAUUGAAAUUUUUUAAGGAAUCAUUCAACCACGCCCAAGCGGAAAAGGAAGGUAUAAUUCUGCCCGGAGCUGGCGUGGACCAAGAGUACGACAACACUCUGCAGCUCAUCCAGGAGAUAGAGCAAGAGCUGCAGGAGUAUCUCGCUGAACAGGAGAAAUAUUUCAAGUGCCGGAUAUCAUACAUAGGAACGGACAAAAAGCGAUACCAACUAGAGAUACCGCAAAACGCCGCCUCAAAAGCCGGCCCGGAUUAUCAUUUUGAGAGUGCACGCAAAGGAUAUAAGAGGUUCUCUACUUCUGAAACUAAGGACUUCCUAGCGCGCAUGAUAGCCGCUGAGGAGCAGAAACGCAACGUGCUCAAAGAUCUCAGCCGUAGAAUAUUCGAGAAAUUCUCAACCCACUACACGCAGUGGUCCGUCGCAGUGCAGUGCAUCUCUGUGCUGGAUGUACUGCUGGCGUUCGCCGAGUUUGCGAGGCAACAGAGCGGGGACGUCUGCUUGCCGAAUGUCACUUUUGAUGCUGAUAAACAGCCAUACAUAAACAUAACGGAAGGUCGUCACCCCUGCAUUCCCAUAGUAACGGAUUUCAUCCCAAAUGACACGGCGCUGGGACAAGAUGGCGCGAGCCUGAUGCUGCUGACGGGUCCCAAUAUGGGCGGGAAGUCCACGCUUAUGAGACAAGUCGGACUUAUCACCGUUUUAGCGCAUUUGGGUAGCUACGUACCGGCGCAAGAGUGUGAGCUAUCUCUGGUGGAUCGCAUUUUCACUCGCCUGGGAGCAUCAGAUGACAUUCUGUCUGGACAGUCCACUUUCCUAGUGGAGAUGAACGAAACUGCCGCUAUUGUUAAACAUGCGACCGUGCAUUCCUUGGUGUUACUUGAUGAAUUAGGUCGCGGCACAAGCACAUACGACGGCACGGCCAUAGCCAGCGGCGUGUGCGUCGAGUUGGCGGAGCGAGCCUGCCGGGUGAUAUUCUCGACGCACUACCACACGCUCGUGCGCCACCUCGCCGCGCACGCGCGCGUGCGCCUCGCGCACAUGGCCUGCAUGGUAGAAACGGAAGACACGAGCGACGAGGACCAGAUCCCCGAAGAAACUAUAACGUUCCUCUACAAGUUGUCCCCGGGGGCGUGUCCCAAGUCGUACGGGUUCAAUGCGGCUCGGCUGGCCGGUGUUCCAGCUGAUAUAACCCGACGAGCUAGGAGUAUUGCCAGCGAGCUGGAGAAGGAAGCCACAGUGAUUAGAGCUUUCAAGGAGGUGAUGAAGAUGGGCCCCGGGGUUAGGGAGUUGCUCGCUGGGUUGUCUAUUUAGGAAGUUUCAGCUUGCAAUUUUCUCAAGCUUUGAAUGACUUGUUCCGAGAUAAAAUAUGAAACCAAUUUAAGUGUGUGUUAUAAAAUCAAACUGUGUAUUUUUGAUUUAUAAGGAAGAUGAACAUUUUUGUUGGUAGUUGUUAUCGGUUUUUUUAUUGAUUUAUUAUGUGGUACAAUAGUUCAAAAAAAUUCAUAAUUUUAAUAUAGUAUUUGAUUGUAUGGCUGUUAUAUUGUCAAAACAAUAAAAAAUGUUGCAUUUAACUUUUUAUUUGCGAGAAGAUUAUUUGUAAUGUUGUGUUUUAGUUAACAUUGAUUUUUUUAUGUGAAGCAGCAGUUUGCAAAUUAUUUCAUCGAUUUUUUUUUUUAAUUUGAAGGCAUAAUUUAUGUCAAAAAGAUCAUCUCAUUUAAAAGGAGCUGUUAUAACUAUAAAAAUGUCAGUUUAUUUUUUUUUAUAAGUCCUCUUUUUAUGUGUAGGUUAGGAUAGUUUUUAUAACCAUUUGUUUUUUUUUUGAUAAUUUUUAGUAUUAUGUUUAUACUUCGGCUAUUAUGCUAUAAGCAUAGACUAAAAGAUUACUUGGAAGUAGCUACCUGUAAAAAUAUGGAUAACUUUACUGAAUAACUUUCAAAUAACCAAGCUAUCAUUAUUGAAGAUUGAUUUUUUUAUUGUCUCAACAUUUUCUAAUUAUCUGUGAUUUUAUACAUAACUCUAAAGUGCCAUAUAGAUUGUACACAUAAACAAUUCGCUUUAAAAUUAUUUGAGCAGUUACUAAUUUCAUCACAUAUAAUGUAUUGUGGACUGUAAUCUAAUAAAAAUGUGUCUAUGUCGAAUAUAUGACAGAAAUAUUUUGUUACAUCUUUAUGGAUUCGUAAAUUAGCUUUUAUAUUAAUUUGUUAGAUAGGCGUAUUUUAAUAUUACUGUAGAUUCUAUAAUCAUCAUAAAUAACAAUAUAUCUUUGUUAUGUUAAGUCAACUAUGUAAUUUUGCAUUUGUUGCCAUAACACAGUAAAACUGUUAAAUUGCAAACUUUGGAAUCUAUACCGGGAUAUAGAAAUCCAACGAUGAUUACAAUUUUAAGGUGACUCAAGUUCUUAUUUUUUAUAUAUGUUAUAAUUGUGAUAAACUGAAAUCUGUGAUUGUGAAUGAUCCCACCACACUUAAUAAAUAGAUUUAAUUUC